UCAACAUCGAAAUAUAUAGCGUCACGUGGUCCGUCAAACAAAAGAAAUUGAUGCAAGUUAUCAGGUCGAUAAUUCGAUAAGUUGGCUAUAAAAGUCUAAUACUGUAUUUUAAAAAUGCCAGUUCUUUUGAAAAAGUGAUGGUAAAAGAGUGCGUUAUUUUCGCAUUUAAGAGUGCGUAAAAAGUGAGAAUAAAAUUUGUUGGAAUGAAAUAUUUAUUAUUACUAGUCAUUGCCGUUUUGGCAAUGACGAGGAACGCUGUUGCCGAAAUACACGAAAUUCCAACAAAAUGUCCAGAAUCUUCGGGCAAAACCGUACAGCUCGCUCACGAACACGAUUGUACCAAGUUUUACGAGUGUUCCAACGGGCGGAAACAACUCUGGAAUUGCCCAGAAUUUGCCCCGGGACAGAAGCUACAUUUCGACCCUGAACUUCAAAAUUGUACUUUCCCAUGGGAGGCAAAUUGCGCGUCAAGAGCACCGGAUUGUUCAAGGGAAGAAUUUAUACAACCUCAUCCCUCCAACUGCAGAUUAUAUUACAAAUGCGAGAACGGGGAAAAAGUCUUAAAAAUGUGUGACGAGGGACAGCUGUUUAAUUUUGACUCUUUAGAAUGCGUAGAGAAAAAUGCCACCAAGUGUAAAGUUUAUGAUUCAUGUCCAACGGGUAAAUUGUUGGAGACUGUACUUCUGCCGCACGAAUGUAAUUACAAAUACAAAUCUCUGUAUUACGAAUGUGUCGAUGGGCAAUACGUUGAAAGAGAUUGCGCGUCGGGUCAAGUGUUCAAUAAUAGACGCAGACAAUGCGUGUCUGACGUCUAUUGUCCUGAAAAGGGUACUAAAUAUAUUCCUGACAAGACGGAUUGCACUUUGUAUUACGAAUGUGUGAAUGGUGUUAAAACACAGAAAACGUGCGAAGAUGGAUUAUCUUUCAACGAAAUGAAAGGUAUGUGUACUUGGCCACCGAGUAGCGAAUGUUCUUUGAACUUGUUCAAACAAGCCGAGCUGGCUACAUCUUUUCUGCCUGACGCAACCAAGGAAAAUAUCAUGCUGAAAUGUCCAGCGAAUGGAAAUGCGUUCGUGCCUCACGAACGCUCUUGCACCAAAUAUUACGCUUGCAUGAACGGACGUCAGUUUAUUGAAAAUUGUCCGGAUGGUAUGAUAUACGACUAUAUUAGAAAAGUUUGCGAUGCUCCGUAUGCUGCCGUAUGUAAAAAUGAAAUGACCCAUUAUGAGGUUCGUUUGCGAGGUAUAGAUUCAAAUUGUCAUUAUUCGAAUGAUUGUCCAACAUAUGGUAGUAAACGCCUUAAACAUGAAAAAGAUUGCAGGUUGUAUUACGAUUGUAAAAAUGGCUACAAAUGUCUUCGGUCGUGUUUUAAAGAAUACGUCUUCAAUCCAUUAAUCGAAUCGUGUGAUAUACCAAAGAAUAACCCUAAUUGCUUUACUUCAGGUGGCUCUGACCCGCCAGAAAACGAGUGUAAUUGUGGUUGUAAGAAUUGGAUUCGUCGUUUCCCUAAUCCCAAAAAUUGUUCUCUAUAUUAUGAGUGUGAAAAUGGUAAGAAAGUGUCGAAGGAAUGCGCUGCGAAUCUUCAAUACAAUCGUGAUAGUCAGAGUUGUACCUAUCCAAAAGAUGCAAAAUGCACCGUGUCCGGUUGCGAAGAAGGAAAGUUUUAUCAUCAUGACUAUGAAUGCAAUAAAUAUUACGUAUGUCGCCACGGUGAGAAAGAACCGCAGUACUGUCCAUCUGGGCAAAAAUUCGAUUGGAUAGAUUUGGAAUGCAAGCCAUCAGGCAGGGUUCGCUGUUAUCCCGAAGGGAUUGUGGAUGGCUGCGAAGGCAAAUGUUCGUCAACAGAUACCACGUUGCCCCACGAAGAUUGCCGCAAGUACUGUAAAUGCGAAAAUGGAAACCCCAAGGUUGAAAUUUGUCCUAACAAACAAUUUUACGAUCGGGAAACACAGAAGUGCGAGUGGCCAGAAAAUCUGCGUAACGUGUCGUGCGAACCUUUCCCGUGCUGGCUUAAUUCUACGGGAAUCAAUAUUCCUCAUAAAUGCCACUGUGACAAAUACUACAGAUGCAGAAACGGAAUGAAAUAUCUUGUAUUCUGCAAGGACGGAAAAUACUUUGACUAUGAACAAGAAAGAUGCGUUGAUAGUGCAGAAGCUCAUUGCUACGCGAAUAGCCCGAUUUUGGGGAAUGCGCCGAAAUCAAUUUGACUCGCAACAACAACUUCGUUCACGAAGAUUGCACAAAAUACUGUAGGUGAGAGGGUACGAACGUGAUUCUCGGGCAAAGACUUGCCAAAGAUCUGUAUUACGAUAAAAUAUUUAGAGAAUGUACUUGACCUGAAUAUGUAAAUUUACUGUCGGACUGUAUAUCGUUUGAUUGUAUCAGUAAUGCUGAUAGUAUAAUGCUUCAUGAAUGUGAAUGUACAGUUUACUAUAAAUGUGAAAAAGGAUCAAAAUAUCGUGAGUAACGCAACGAUGGAUUUUGCUCUGAUUAUGUAUUCGGAAAGUGCGCGAAUAAGGAUCCUCGUUGUUAUCAUAAAUAUUCGAACGCGACCGAUCAACAUGUAGGACAUUGCCCGAAAUAGAAUUUUUACAAUACUGCGUAUUGUUCAGUGGUUCAAAACAUUAAUUUGAUUUAUAUAUUCGGCCAUUCUUAUUACUAUCUAUCUCCUUAUCAUUAUUGAUAUUAUUCAUUGUUAUUAUCGCUCUUUUAUUUUGUAAACUGAUUUCUAAAAUAAUCGAUUUCCAAAGACAUUAGCAUACAACAGUACAUAACUAAUAUAAACCGAAAAUAUCACGUGAAAUAUGAAAGAUCUGAUCGUAGAAAAUAAAAUGGAAAUAAAAGUUGUGUCAUAUCGCAUUGUAUUCUGUGAAUUUCACAAUUUCCGCAAUGACGAAACAUUCCCAGCUGUCGAUAGUUUAGAAUUGAAUAUCGAAAUUUAUCUUAUCGACGGAAUAUAUUUUCUUUACUCACAAGUAAAAUUUAUUCACAAAAGAUAAUCCUUUUGUAUUUCACUGACAUAUAAAUGCACAAGUAAUAUCGCGAUAUCAAAUCUUUUCACGAAUCGUAAGUUUUAAACACGAUCUAAUAAUUUCGAUUUUGUCGAUAUAUUAACGGCGACGUUGACAUUUUAUGUCAAAUCAUUUGUAAAAUAUUAAAACUAUAGACAUAUUUUCGCUUCAUUCCGUUAACCUAAUAUAGAGAUUGUAUUACAAAUAUAAACUGCUCAAGUUAGCGAUGUCGAUAUUCAUAGAUACGGCUAUCGGUUUGAUUGAAAGGAACCAAUUUGAAAAUAUCGACCGAAAUAAAAUAAUUUUUAUUGUAAUCUUUUUGAUUGAUUGAUUCAAUUGAAUUGAAUCGAAGAAGCUAAUUUUAAAAUACCGAAGUUCCGUCGAAUUUCGUCAACGAUGCCUGAAAUAAGGAACAAAUAUUCCUAGAUCUUGUGCAAUAGCAGGUAGUACCUGUUUAGCUUUAAAUCUCUCGUUGUUCCUCUAUUAUUUAAAAAAUAUUUUCUUCCAACGAAAGUUAUGUACGUUACAUUUUAGCGAAACACUCGUUGGUAUUUAGUUUCUUAAUGAAAAUUAAAAAUUAAUUAAUGUGUGUCAAAGGUAUAAAUAAGGGGUGUGACAAGAACAACGUUUUAUCGCGACGUAUGUACACUUUAGCGUAGAGAGAAUUUCCACGAAAAACGAUAUCAAAAUUAUUUUGAAUUCUUAUCUUUACGAAUAGUUUCACUUGGGAGUUCUCGUUAUCUACAGGAAUUUAUCAUAAAUC